CCAAUUAUGAAAUUCCUCGCCGCCUUCGCCGCCAUUUUGGCGCUGUCCGCCGCCUCCUCCCGGUCUACCUGGACCCUGCCGGAGAUCUCCGCCGCCUUGGAGAACCCCACCACCAACCCCGCCCUGAUCCCCUACCUGGAAGCCGCCCUUAACGAGAUCAUGGCCGCCCUGUGGUCUGGACAGCAAGUUGGAGCCGUAGCUCUACCCCUUCCCGCUGAGAUCUCCCCCGCCCCCGCGGUCGUGGAGGAGGCCCCCGCCGCGCCCGUUGCCGCCAGCCCCCUCGUCCAGAUCAUCAUCAACGUCAACCAGCAGUCCGCUGAUGCCGUCGCUCCCACCCCUGUGCCCUCCCCCGCUGCCGUCCCCGAGAUCGUCCCCACCCCCGUCGCCGUCGUCGACUCCAUCAACCCCACCCCCGUCGUCGUAGUUGAUGAGGAGAUCGUGCCAACCCCCGUCGUCGUAGUCGAGGAGCCCGCUGAGGAGGUCAUCCCCGCUCCCCCCACCAUCGACGUCAACCCCGCCCCCGUUGACGUCGUCGAACCCGUCGACGUUAACCCCAUCGACGUGAUCGCCGUGGCCGCCCCCGAGGUCAACCCCGUCGACAUCAUGAACCCCAUCCCCGUCAAUCCCGCUGCCAAAAAAAACAAGAUGAAAUUCCUCGCCGUCUUCGCCGCCAUCCUGGCCCUCACUGCUGGAGCACCAGCCCGCUCCGAGUGGACCCUGGGCCAGAUCACCGCCGCCCUAGCUAACCCCAGCACCAACCCCUCUAUGGUACCCUACCUGGAGCACGCUCUCAACCAGAUCAUGGACGCUCUGUACGCUGGUUUCCAGAUUGAAUCCGUGGCCAUCCCUCUCCCCGCUGAGGUGAUCUCCCCCGUCCCCGCCGUUGUGGAGGAGGCGGUCAUCACCCCCACCCCCGCCGUCGUCGCCGACUCCCCCGCCGCCCCCACCAGCGCCCUCGUCCAGAUCAUCGUCAACGUUAACAAAGACCAGGCCGCCGUUGUCCCCGCCCCCGUCGUCGUCCCCGAGAUCAACCCCACCCCCGCCGCCGUCCCCGAGAUCGUCCCCACCCCCGUCGCCGUCGUCGACUCCAUCAACCCCACCCCCGUCGUCGUGAUCGACGAGGCCAUCGUGCCAACCCCCGUCGCCGUAGCCGAGGAGCCCGCUGCGGAGAUCCCCGUCAACCCCGUCGAUGUGAUCGAGGUGCUGCCCGCCCCCGCCCCCGCCCCCGUUGACGUUAACCCCAUCGACGUGAUCGCUGUGGGCGCCCCCGAGGUCAACCCCGUCGACAUCAUGAACCCCAUCCCCGUCAACCCCGCUGCCGUUGGCGACAUCUGGGGCUCCCAUAUCAAAAUGGCCGUUCCAACCGUAACAGUCAACGAGAUCUCCCAAGGCAUCCAGGACUACUCCUCCAAUGGAAGCGUCAAGAAGGUUCUAGAAGGUAUCCUGAACGACUACAUGGAUCUCCAGUAUGCCAAGGAAACUCCAUACACCACUGGCCAGCAGAUCCUUCCUACUGGCUCCACCAUAGAAGAUGUCCAGACCAGCAUCCAGAGUAAUACUGAGAAGAAAUUCAAUGACAUCUUCGUCACCAUCUCUGACAUCUACAAGAGUGGGGAUUUGACCCCCAAAUCCAAAAAUGAUGAUAUGAAAACCUUCAUCUUUGCCUUGCUCGUGGCGGCGGCCGUGGCUGUCCCCACACGCAGAGACUCAAUGCCAGCAGCAGUUAUCACACCAGCGGAAACCUUCCCAGAAGCGGUCAUCCUCCCCGGACCAGCGGUUCCCGAAGUGAAACCAGAGAUCAUCCCAGAACCCGUGAUCGUUGCACCCGAAGUUGAAACACCUGAAAUAGUCCCAGAGCCCGUUAUCGUUGCGCCCGAAAUUGAAACACCCGAAAUAGUCCCAGAGCCUGUUAUCGUUGCGCCCGAAAUUGAAACACCCGAAAUAGUCCCAGAGCCUGUCAUCGUUGCGCCCGAAAUUGAAAAACCAGAAAUAGUCCCAGAGCCCGUGAUCGUUGCACCUGAAAUUGAAACACCCGAAAUCGUACCAGAACCUGUCAUCGUCGUACCCGAAAUUGAAAAACCAGAAAUAGUACCGGAACCCGUCAUCGUUGCGCCUGAAAUUGAAAAGCCAGAAAUAGUCCCAGAGCCCGUGAUUGUUGUUGAGGAAGCUGAAGUGGUACCAGAAAUUGUCCCAGCACCAGUUAUCGUUGUAGACGAAGCUGCUCCUCAGGUGGGUGAGAUAUUCAAUGAUGGUGUAGUCCAGGUGACAGUGAAUGCACCACAGGAUACCGGAGUGCUGGCGACCCUACAGUCCUGGUUCAGCAUGGCCCUUAACUACAUUAGCGGCGGAGUACAGACUACACACCAAAUUGUUUAA